AUGAACCUGAAAUUAUGGACUCUUUUUUUCAGUAAAAAGAGUAGGGUCACGAUACUUUUGUUAUGUUUGGUCACGCUUAUUUUCACCUCCGUAAUUUGGAUGAGAGCAGCAGAUGAAAACCACUUUUUAGUUACCUCGUACUACCCUUUCCUGCCUAAUGGCAACUGUGUGCAGAGAAAGGAAGAUUUACUUCAUGCAAGCAUCAAGAAUCUAGGGCCAGCAGGCAAACGGGACAAGGGACCGCUCGAUCUGAGAAUAUCAUCGCAAAACUUUACAUCUACUAAUUUCACUGGUUUCGUUUCAAAUUUGUCUAUCGAAAAGCUUAAGGCCAAGAAGGACCUCCAGAGGGAAAAACUGAAACACUCCAAUAUUGGCGGGAAUAUCGCCAACUCAUAUGACCAGCAGGUGUCGUGUCAGGACCUAUCGUACACUGCGCCACUUGAGCACCUGCAGAAUACCAAGAUUUUAGAGGACGAUUUAUUAUCGGUAAGAAGACACUUGAUACGGAAGAGUAACAAGUUGAGCUCAGAUGUCCAGGACAAAUCCAGAGAUGAAGCGCGAAAAGAAGAAGAUAUUGUUGAGGAAGACUGGUUUAGAUUCGGUGGAUCGGCGGUCUGGUUAGAAACCGAACAGUGUUACUUGGUGUUCACGCGGAUCGUGUACUCCAGAAAGAAACGGAAGAAUCAUCCGCAUGUGUCCCUUAUUAGAGCUCAGGCGUUUGACAAGAACUGGAAAGAAAUAGUAUCAAAGUCUAUACCGUAUUUGGAUACAAUACAGCCCAAAAACUUGGCCUCUGAGUUAACGAAAGUAGACAAAGAACUAAAUUUUGAAAGUUGUGAACUCUAUGGCGUGAACUCACCUGAUUAUGAUAGAUGUAUCGUCCAGCAAGCAAGAAACAAACUGAAAAUGGAAAAUGCAAAGGAAAAUAUUCUAUCAAGAUACUUUAUCACAUACCCAACGGUGUUAGAAAUUCCAUUCACCCCUGGAGCUGACUAUCGAGGCCCAGAGGAUCCUCAUGUAAUUUUAAGAACUACUGAUAACAGUGAAGAGCCUGUGAUCGUGUUCAAUAUGGAUGAACCAGGGAUGGGUGGCAGGAAAAUAUAUAGUUUCAUGCCACACCGGAGAGUUGAUCCAUUGUUGCAGUUCAGUCUAUCUGAACAUCACUUGAAAUCAGUUGAGAAAAACUGGACACCAUUUUUCCAUCCCUACUCCCCGGCUCAAAGUACGCUAUCAAGAGGAUUCAUUUAUUUUAUCUAUGCGUUCAGCCCUCUUGAAAUUCUGAAAUGUUCUCUGAAUGACGGUACAUGUGCUGUGGUAUUUGAUGGGGAAACUGUUGAGCUUGACAGUUCAGCAAGUUUUAAAGGAAUGAGAGGGGGUACGCAGUUUAUUCCACUGCCAUCGUCUCUCCCGGCAGUUAAAGGGAAAAAUAUCUGGAUCGGGUUUCCCAAGCUACAUAUCACUGACUGUGGGUGUGCACACCGGUUUUAUAGACCGAUGCUUGACGUUUUAAUUGAGUCCAACGGUGUUUACCAUCAAGAACUGAUUGUGCCUUCCCUGGAUUUCGGAAUUGAGGUUCUAUCGUGGGACUUAGUUAGUACGGAUUGUGGUACAGACACAAAUAUCCUAAGUCCCAACUCGGUAGCCUAUUGGGAUGUUGUUGGUCAGGAUGACGUUACAAAGAAAUUCGAGGAUUAUAUGGUUCUUUCUGUAAGUGAAGCAGAUACUCUCACAAGGAUCAUUACUGUGCGGGGUAUCCUAAACUACAUAUUGGGUAUUUAUAGGGAUAAAGAGAUGGAAGACACAUUUUCUGUGAGCAGUAACUCACGGGACAUCAUCAAAAAGACGCUGACAUGUGUUGUCCAUGAUGCAAAGGAACAGUGUAAAAUCUAUGGCCAAUUCCACAAGGGCUUGGAGAAAAAGGAGUAG